ACCGGUGAUGGACGUCAGCGGAGCGCGUGUUUGGCCCGUUUGAAGUCUGGCCUCCCCGUGCGUCAUGCGUAAAGGCGCACGGCUAUCACCAAAACGCAUCAUCUCAUAACCGCGCUCAACGGACACCACAGACGAAGCGAGCGGAGCCGAGCUGCUUUCAUUUCCGCCCUGAGGAAAUUGGAGCCCGGGUUUGGCGCUGAUAAUGCGGGCUCGAGGCGGGAGAGUUAUCGGCGCAGGAUCGUUCAGGUUUAAUAAAGCCACCGCCACCUGUCCGUCACCGGGAAGGGAAGGAAGCGUGACGUGAGACGGAUCAAGUCACCAAGUUGUCAAGUGUGCGUCUUCAUAGCAACUUUGGACUCUUUCUCAUGAAAAUUUUGAGAGUUGCAGGAUUUCUUUGGGCUUGUUCCACUUUCACUCUUUAAAGAGGAUCAAGUCAGCUUCCCUGGGUCUACCCCUCUGCUACUCCACUGUCCCCCCAGGAUUGAGCCUCUGUCCCCGGGUUUUUCUCUGUCUGUUCCCCCUUCUGCGGUCUAACCCUGGAGCCCUGGUACACUUACACGCACUGGUACCCCAUGGCAUCGUCCCAUGUGAGGAAGGACCCCCCAGACCCGGUGCCCAGGAUGCAGCCCGCCAUGAUGCUUUUCUCAUCCAAGUACUGGGCACGCCGCGGCAUGUCUCUGGACUCAGGCAUGUUCCAACAACAGAGCCAACCCCAGAGGCACACUGGGGGCCAGAUGUCUCGGCGGCCAUCUUUCUGCCCCAUAAAUGAGAAGCAGGAGAAGCAGAGUGAGGACUCAGGGCGCACAGCGGUGGUGUUUUCUCUCAAGAAUGAGGUGGGAGGGCUGGUCCGAGCGCUGCGAGUAUUUCAGGAGCGCAGAGUAAACCUAAACCACAUAGAGUCUCGUGUGUCGAAGCGGGUCUUAAACGAGGUGGAGAUCUUCGCUGACUGCAGCUGCUCCAAGAAAGAAUUUAAUGAACUUCUGCAGAACCUGAAAGACCACGUCAAUAUUAUAUCUUAUAAUACUCCCAUAAAUGCAUGGUCCGCAGAGGCAGAUGACGAGGAUGUUCCCUGGUUCCCGAUGAAGAUCUCAGAAUUGGACCAAUGUUCUCACAGAGUCUUGAUGUAUGGCUCUGAGCUGGACGCUGACCAUCCAGGCUUCAAAGACAACGUUUAUCGCCAGAGAAGGAAGUACUUUGUGGAAGUUGCCAUGAACUACAAAUUUGGGCUGCCGAUCCCACGUAUCGAGUACACAGAGGAGGAGGUGAGGACUUGGGGAGUGGUCUUUAGGGAGCUGACUAAACUGUACCCCACUCACGCCUGUCGCGAGUACCUGAAGAAUUGGCCCCUCCUGACCAAGCACUGCGGCUACAGAGAAGACAACAUCCCCCAGCUACAGGAUGUCUCCACCUUCCUUAGAGAGCGCUCAGGUUUCACAGUUCGUCCGGUGGCGGGGUACCUUUCUCCCAGGGACUUUCUGGCUGGAUUGGCCUAUCGUGUGUUUAACUGCACUCAGUACAUCCGCCACAGCACCGACCCUCUGUAUACACCUGAACCGGACACGUGUCAUGAGCUGCUGGGGCAUGUUCCACUUCUCGCUGAUCCAAAGUUCGCUCAGUUUUCCCAAGAAAUUGGUUUGGCCUCAUUAGGAGCCUCGGACGAAGACGUACAGAAACUCGCCACAUGCUACUUCUUUACCAUCGAGUUUGGCUUGUGCAAACAGGACGGGCAGCUCCGAGCAUAUGGAGCAGGUCUGCUGUCCUCCAUUGGAGAACUACAGCAUGCCCUGUCGGAAAAGGCCGUUGUGAAGACCUUUGACCCAAAGACCACGUGUUACCAGGAGUGCAUCACCUCAUUUCAGGAGGUUUACUUUGUGUCCGAGAGCUUCGAGGAGGCCAAAGAGAAGAUGAGGGAGUUUGCAAAGACGAUCAAGCGUCCCUUCUCUGUGUACUAUAACCCGUACACUCAGAGCGUAGACCUGCUCAAAGACACAAGGAGCAUUGAAAAUGUGGUACACGAUCUACGCAGCGACUUAACCACAGUCUGUGACGCUCUGGGCAAGAUGAACACCUACAUGGGAAUAUAACCCACAACCUCACACAACCUGCAACCUAAAACAUCCUAAUGAAACCUACAAAGGAGUCCAACUCGCAACCCACAACAGCCCUGCUAAUGAUGAUUUAACUCACAACCUCACACAUUCGUGCUGCUAAUGAGACAUUUGAACAUGCUUUGCUCCUCUGUAUGACCAGCAGAGGGAGACCCACAGCUUCCUUAGUAAUUCUUAAAAGUGCACUAUAUGUAACUUUUCUGGUGGAGAGUCCCCCACCUGCUUGUCUCCAUGGAGAUAUUAUUGCUUUGCCUGGAAUGUCCCAUAGUAUAGUGGGCGACAGUGGCUCAGUUGGUAAGAGUAUUUAUCCACUGAUCAGAAAGUUGGUGAUGCGAUUCCACCUCCCACAGAUGUAUGCUGUCAUUGUGUCCUUGGGCAAGACACUUAACCAACCUUGCCCCUAGUGUCUGCAUACACUGAUGUAUGAACAUGUGUGUGAAUGGGUGAGUGGUUCCUUGAUGUAAA